AUGACAAAAACAGUCCACAUCACCUCCAAGGAGCAAUUCAGCUCCCUGCUGACCUCCUCCACCUUUGUCGUGGCCGACUAUUGGUGUGGACCAUGCAAAGCCAUCGCUCCGGUCUACGAGCAGCUGUCCGAGCAGCUCUCCCGCAAGAACGCCAUCACCUUUACCAAGAUCAACGUUGACACACAGAAGGACCUCGCCGCCGCUCACGGCAUCACCGCGAUGCCCACCUUCAUGGUCUUCCAGCGCGGCCGCGUCAUCUCCACCAUCCGCGGCGCCAACCCGCAACAACUUUCCGAAGCCGUCCGCAAGCUCGCCGCAGAAGCCAGCAAAGCCGACAGCGCGGGUGAAUCCUCCAGCGGUAGCACUGGCGCCAGCGGCGCAUACUGGGUCGGCGCAGCGACGCCCAAAAACUACAGCGACAUCACAGACCAGUACGACCCGAAGGGCCUGGAGCUGCUGAACCGGGCCAGCGAGUGCGGCACGGCCAAGACGCUCUUCGAGGGGGCCAAACCGUCCGCGCUGGAUGGCAAGGGCAAGGGCAAGGCCGGCGGCGGCGCGGUGGACUGGGUCGAGAGCGACACGGACGAGCAGCUGAUGCUGUUCAUCCCGUUCCAGUCGACGCUGAAGGUGCACUCGCUGCAUAUCACGUCGUUGCCGCCGGCGGAUGACGAGGACGUCGACGAGGACGAGCGGCCCAUGCGCCCCAAGACGUUGCAGCUGUACACGAAUCGGUCGCAUGUGCUGGGCUUUGACGAGGCGGAGGAUAUCCCCGCCGUGCAGACGGUGACCAUCCAGCCUGAGGAUUGGGAUCCGAAGACCGGGACGGCAAAGGUGGACCUUCGGUUUGUCAAGUUUCAGAGCGUCAUGUCGCUGGUGAUUUUCUUUGUCGAUGGCGACGGCGACAGCGAUAAGUUGCGCGUGGAUCGCAUUCGCAUCUUCGGCGAGGCGGGCGAGAAGCGCGAGAUGGGGAAGCUGGAGAAGAUUGGUGACGAGCCUGGCGAGUAA